AUGAGAAUUCUACACAAAGAUGGCUUCUCAAGACAAGAUUUGGAAUUAAUUAAACCUGUUGUUAUUUGCAACACUAUUCAUUCAAUGCUUGCUAUUCUUCGAGCAAUGUUUCACCUCCAUAUAGACUAUGGCGACCCCGAACGAUUGAAAGAUAGUCAACUUGUUUUUGCUACAAUUCAUGCCAACAGGGAAGAAUUAACCGACGAAUUAGUUGACGCCAUGCAAAGGCUAUGGAAGGACGAAGGCGUCCAAGAAUAUGACUCCGCCAAGUAUUUCUUGGACAAUCUAGCAAGGCUAGGCGCCCACAACUAUUUGCCUACAGAACAAGAUUUGCUUAGAACGAGGAUAAAAACAAGUGGAAUUACUGAAGUGCUCUUUGAACUUAAAGGCCUUACCUUUAGAGUAAUUGAUGUUGGUGGACAACGGUCUGAACGGAAAAAGGUAUAAAACAGCUUUGGACUAAAAAUUUCCGGAUAAACAUUAAAACAAAAACAAACGUUAAAAACAUAAACACAUCGGAAAACAUUAAAAACACAUUUAAAUAUAACAUAUCCGGAAAAACAUGUAAAACAUUUUCAGAAAAACAUGCAAAUAUAAAAAACAAAGAGGAGAAACAUUCCG